AUGAAACCGGAACUGAUGGCAGAAGAAGGCAUUGUUUGGGGUAGGCAUGGAAAGAAACUAGGACAGGUUUCGAGGGGCGAUAUCGGCCCAAACUAUGGUGAGGCUGACUGCAGUAGCUUUAGCAAAGGCAGUGAGAAUAAAAUUGCACUAACAGAGACGUCAGAAGAAGAGCAGUUUGUCGUGACCGUGUCUACGGUCAUACGAUUUCACCACGUUCAAAUCACUAAGGUGACUUUAAUGUUGAAGUUCAUGCCCAAGGAAAUGAACGGCCGUGGCGACGGAUACACCCUGUGCAGCAGCUCCUAG